CAUUCAAAGAAAUGUCUAUAUUAGGAACAAAAUUUCCUGUGAUUGAUACACAUUGUCAUUUAUGUGAACCAGAAUUUGACAAGGAUAUUGACAAUGUUAUCGCUAGAGCGAUUGCCGCAAAUGUUCGUGGUGCUAUUGUUUUGGCAGAAGAUCGAAGUGGGUUUCAGAAAGCACUUGAACUGAAGAAAAGGUUUCCAGACUGGGUCAACGUUUGUCUUGGAGUGCAUCCUAUUCAGAAACAAGAAGGUGUUCAUGGCGGACAGCGUAGUGUCAAUAUGAAGGAUUUUAAACAUAUUCGUGAAUUAAUAUCGGAAAAUAAACAUAAAAUUGUUGGAAUUGGAGAGAUUGGUUUAGAUUUCACUCAGACUAUCUGUUCAUCGAAUGAAAUGCAAAAUAUACAAAAAAGUAUAUUCACAAUGCAAAUUCAGCUGGCGAAACAACUAAACGUACCAGUGAAUGUUCACUCACGUUCUGCUGCUAAAGAAACUUUGGAUAUAUUAAAAUCAGAAGGUAUAACUAAAGUUCAAAUGCAUGCCUUUGAUGGAAGACCUUCACUGGCAAUGAUUGGUUUAUCUGAAGGUUAUUAUUUUUCAAUUCCAACAAGUCUACCAAAGAGUAAACAGAAACAAGAAUUGGUCAAGGCUCUACCACUGGAUCGCAUUUUAAUCGAGACAGAUUCACCCAUUCUGUGCCUAGAAGAGGGUCGUAAUGAACCAGCGGAAGCAAUUAAAGUAUGCGAAUAUAUCGCUGAGAUAAAGAAAAUUGAUUUUGCAACUGUUUGUCAAAUAACAACAGAAAAUGCAUUCAAACUCUAUGGAUCAUUAGAUGUUAAGUGAUGAUUUGAUUUGCUUCUGAGAAUCGGAAAAUAACUAACCAUCUUCAAUAAAUGUAUAUCAUGUUUGUCUAUGUAUUUUCGACUGUCAUUAAUAUAAUUCUAUGAAACAAA